CCUGGGUCUCAUCGUCAACAACAAUGAGACCGAAUACAGAGAGGAGGUAAGUGACUUGGUUACAUGAUGCCAGGACAACAACCUCUCUCUCUCAACGUCUGACUAAGGAGAUCAUGAAUCUGGGUCAGGCCACAUUGUAAAGCAGUGGUAAUGGCGUCCUCUGUAGACAUGUUUGAUCGGUAGCCCAAGUGGUGGGGAUCCAGUGUUGGGGGGAGGCAGGACUUAAGGUGGUCCAGGAUCAGUCUUUCAAAUCACUUCAUUAUCAUGGGGGUGAGUGCAACAGGUCAGAAGUUGUUCAGGCUUGACACAGUCGACUGCUUCAGCACUGGCACAACGAUUACGAUCUUGAAGCACGUUGGAAAAACCGCCUGGGCCAAUGACAGGUUGAAAAUAUCAGUAAAUACCUCGGCCAGCUGCCCAGCACAUGUUCUGAGCCCGUCUGGUGACGCCACUGGUAUUACCGGAGUCCUCUGCUGUACGAUCAACCCCGAAGACGUCGCGCCCCUCUAGCCCUAUUGUGUUGUUGGGUAUGCCUUUGUUUACCCACAUUUCUGUGAAAAUGAUGACACUGUAAUCUAUAAUCAAUUUCUGUGAGAUGAUUCAUAGUCAUAUUUCGUCCAUUUUGUUUGCCAGUGACCCCAUUGUAGCUAGGAUAAGGCUAGGUAGUGAAAGCAGUGGAGGCUCUGAUGUAUGUUGGAUUUUCUGCAAAGGGACAGGCCAUAGUGACAGAAUGUAAUCUGAUUGUUGGAGGAGCUCUGUGUUUAUUCACUUUCACUAGAUAAGUUUCACUUUACCUAGUAGGUAGCAGAUUUGGUUCAGAGCUUUGGCUGCUAUUGUUUCUGAUCAUGCUACACUUCCUGCAUUCUUGCUGGAACUGAAAACCCGAAGUUCUGGUUCAACAGAGCUCGUUAUGUGACAAACCCACUUUUCUGUAAUCCUACUUUCCCAUCGUCCUUCAUUGUGGGUUACACUGACAGGAACCAUUGAAAAUAAAGGCACGGUUGUAGAGAAGUAGCUGUAUUAAUGAAAGUUUACAUGACGAUUGAAAACAGGAGGGAUGAGUCAAGUUUCUCAGUUCAAACCAUCCCAAGAAUCCAGGUUGCCUUUUCCAAGUGACAUGCUGAACAUUGAAAGAUACAAUGAGGCAGUUUCCAGGCCUGAUAUGGAUUUUGUGGCUUGGUGUACUGGAUAUUGUAGACUGCCCUGUUAUUUGUAAUAAAGCUGAAUACAGAAUAGGUGAUGAAUGUUGUCCUAUGUGUUCACCAGGAAACCAUGUAUACAAGCACUGUACAGAGUUUACAAGUACUUCCUGUGUCCCCUGUAUUGGCUCCACCUACCUUGAUAAACCCAAUGGUCUUCCAGGAUGUAUACCAUGUAGACACUGUGACCCAGGCUUUGGUUUGAUGGUAAAACAUCCAUGUACACCUUCAUCAGACACUGUCUGUGAGCCACUGGAGGGGUUCUACUGUACAGACCCAACUAAGGAUGGUUGUAAAGCAGCCCAGAGACACAGCAGCUGUGAACCUGGUCAAUACAUCAGACAGAAAGGAAGUCCAUCUACAGACACUGUGUGUACUAACUGUACUGGUGACACCUAUUCAGAUGGAUCAUUUACAUCCUGUCAACCACACACACAAUGUGACCAACUGAACCUUCAGCAAAUUAAACCUGGAACUCGUCAGUCUGAUUCUGAAUGUGGACAAGAAACCUCAUCGCCUGUAGCUGUCAUUGUAUGUGUUGUUGUGGCAAUAGCUUUGAUAGCAGCAGUUGGGAUUGGACUAUAUUUAAAAAAAAAAAAAAAAAGAAAGUUAUUGGGAUCAGACACAGAGGGACACUCUUUAAGGAACGAGAAAAGAUGGAAACCUCUUGAACAUUUCUCAGAAUAAUCCGGACAAUGAGGUCCAUUGGCUUGAGACAUACUCAUGUCAGAUUUCUGUCUACUACACGUUAAAUGUGAUAGACUCCAUUUUUUGCAACAGUUGGAGGCAUCACAUAUGUUUUGUAGUGUACAGUAUUAACCAAUCAGGGCUGUGAUAGAUGGACUGAAAUCCUAACAUUUAAAAAUCUCCCAGUACUGGUACUGAUGGAAACCAUAGAAGGACCCAAUCGGUUCUGUCCAGGUAAAGGUGUCCAUUAUUUAAAUGAUCUGUCCAACAACCAUCCGGUGUUCAACCUUUCUAAGUUCUCCCACGUCACCCUGCUUCACUGCAUCAUCCACUGGGUUCCUGUGGAAGCUUGAAUUCAUCUACUAAAACAUGGUGCUUGUCUUCAGAGCAGCGAAUUACCUGCCCCUCCGUACCAUCAGGCAUUGCUCAAACCCAAGCUCUUUGCUCGGUCAUCUGCUUGUCCAAGCCCUACGGAAGGGAAACUCCCACUCAGUCAAAGCUGUCCUCCAUUCUUGCAUUUGAAUAGUGUAACCAGCUUCCCGUUGAGGAGGACAGUGGAGUCCAUGUCCAUUUAAUUUGAAGACUCCUGAGUAUCUGAUAAAAAAACACAGUCAAAUUAAUAUUCUAUUUAAACAGUACUGUAGCUUUGCUGGUAGCCUGGCUUGAGUGGUUUUCCCACUGAGCUAUUUUAAGAGGAAUGCACUAAAUGGAUAUUGCUCUGGAUAAGAUUGUCCAUUAAAUGGCUUAAACAUCCCACAACAUCACAGUGGACAUUGUGGAAGUUGUAUUCUGUUGAUACAAACUCUGUCCAAAGGACCGGAGAAUGAGACAUCCAGGACACCAGUACAGAACAAAUGGACUCCACUUGUUGUAACCAUGGAUUUCUAUGAUCGCAUUACAGACUGAACCCAAGGGGCAGUGAUGACCAGUUACCCAUGAUGCAUCACAAUGGGAUAUACACUGUUAUAUUAUUGAAACCAUGAUUGGUUAACAAUACUCAAUUAUUCUGUAAUAUUGAAGAUUUUGAUGUAUUUAUUGUAAAUACUUUUUAAUACAGAUUGUGUUUUGUUAAAGUCCACAUUUAAUGAGAAAUUACACAGAAAAUGUUUAUAACCAAAUAAGACAGACAGCUUUUGUUCUUUAACAAACAUACAUAUCAGCAAUCUGUAUAUGUGUACAUAUGUAUAGGUGUGUAUGUAUGUUUACGUAUAUGCAGAGACGUUGCUAGGAUCAUUAUAGAUUCCGGGCUUAACCCCCCACUACGGUUUCUUGUUUGGGUCAAUUUGAGAUCGACGCCACUGCCUAUACGUGUACAUACUGUGGGUGCUUGGGAGGGUUCAUCAUUAUCUGAAGAAAUAUUGGUAUAUUAUGCAAAAAUAUGUUUGUUUGCAUUUAGAGAGAUGAUCAUAGCUCCUCAGGCUCUGACUUUGAUUUUAGCAUAACAUUACAUCAGAUUAUAUGCUUUCAAAUUUUAACACUUUUCACCUUUUCACAUUACCUCUUAUUUUAACAAUACUCUGUAAGAAUUUGGGAACUGAGGAGACCAAAUGCUGUAGUUUUGAAAGUGAAAUGUUCUCCUAUUCUUGCUUGAUAUAGGAUUUCAGUUGCUCAACAGUUUCGAGACGGGUCUGGCUGCAGUACUCGCUUCCGGCUCCACUGUGGGUCACUUCUGUUUAUAGGCUCUGUUCUCAGUAGAGAUCCUGUUAUGGAAUUUCUUGAACUGAUGUAUACUUAAUUCUGUGAAUGAGUUACUAGUUAAAAGUACUGGGUCCUUAUGUUUAGUUAAGGAAAGGAAUGUAGGAGAGGGGGAUCUGGUAUUUGUUAAUGGUCAUCAUUGAAUGGUAUCAGUCGAUCAUUGGUUGGUCUUUGUGCUUUCUGAGUUGAAUAGGUGGCCUAUAGUGUCAUUAGUUCCUUGGGAUAAGGUGGGAGGACAGCGUUCUCAUUGUCUUCCAUACAUACUUUCUUCUUUUGUAUAGGCCUACUUAUUCCUCAGUUUUUUGCACAACAAAAAGCUAAUGAAGACUUAUGUGAUUAUUAAACCCAUAGCCACUCUGUUGAUGUCAGACCCUGAGUUUCGUCAGCAACAACUGACCAUGAAGGGCAUUCUGAGCAAGUGCCUGAGGGAUAAGGGCUGGAUGGGGAUUCAUAAUCUGGUUGUAGUUCAAAUGUUGUAGACUGGUCCUCACACCCCCUUAGCCCCUGAAUGACCUUUACAUUGUCACAUCCAAUUGUACUUGUCUCUACUAAUAACAGAACUAACAAGCUUCACACCUCACAAGGCAUCUAACAGCUUCUAUGAAGCUCUAACAACUGAGAAGUGAUCAUGUUGCAGAUGGAGGCAUGACACAAGCGUACAGAGAACAAAGGACUUUAAUUAAAGAACUGAAAUAUAAAAUAACUUGAAAACAGAACAUGAAAACAGAACAGUUACAAAGGAAUAGAAUCCAAACAAUUACCGUCCAGACACACAAGACAAUGCCUUUCCAGACACACAAGACAAUGCCUUUCCAGACACACAAGACAAUGCCUUUCACACAAGACACACAAGACA